GCCUUCUGUCAGCAUCUAGUGUCAAUACCCUCCGGCUCCAAGUAUAUAAGUCGCCGGUGAAUGCAAACCGUAUUAUUGUUUCAACAACAUCAACCAAAACGAAAAUGAAAUUCAGCAUUAUACUGUCUACAAGCCUUGCCUUUGGCACAACGGCGGCGCCAUCUGCGAAUCCUGCGACACCGAAGCCUAAGAGCGUUCGCAUUCUGGGCAACGUCACCAACCCUAUGCAGAACCGGGACUCCUGCUGCGCUACCAACUUUGGAAAUCGUGCAUUCUGGACGUGCCGAGACACCAUGUACAAAAUGUCCAAUGGCCAAUGGAGCUUUCCUUUCUCCAACUCGGUGGGCUGGUCCGAGUUUAACGCCGAUGGAUCGCCCAAAUUGCAACACGGCGGUGAGGUUGGGCCUGGGUCAACGGGAAAGAAUGAUAUUUGGCUUAUGAAAGGCCCCAAUCCGACGCUUCCCGACUUUUUCAAGACCGGUCCUGACAUGUGCCCAGACUCGGGGGCGUGUGAUGACGGCUCUCGCUGGGUUGGAUGGCCUGAUACGCCGCCUCUGAUCACGCACACCGCGGCUGACGGUACCAUUACCGCGUACUCAUGGCUGACCAAGACGCAUCUCAAAGGACUUACUGUGCAGAAUCAAGAACAGCCUACCAGUCUGUACAAGAUGACGUACAAGCCUACUGCUGAUACCAAUGUUGUUCCGAAUGUGACGGUGGUGAGCUAUGAAUUCUGGAAGCAGCACGAGAUUGGGUACGGCACAUACGGCAACAUUGUGUCGAAUGGCUACGUCUAUGCCUACGGUAAGGCAGAAACCAAUGGUAGCUGGAUCAUUGGUCUGGCCAGAGUUCCUGUGGGCAGCGUGGAGCAGAAGAGCAAGUACGAGUACUUUGUUAAUGGCAAAUGGACGCGUACGAUUCCCAAGUACACCGACAGCGCUGCCAACGUGCUUAAUGCGGGCUAUGGUGGGCAGGGCACGUUUUACUACUCAAAGAAACACGCGUCCUUUUUCUGGAUCGGCCAGGCUGGCGUGUCUAUUGCAGCUGACUUUUACAUGACCUCGGCUUCCAGUCCAGAGGGGCCAUGGGGGAAGCCUUAUCUCAUCUACCAGGGUCCCAACAAGAGCAGUUUCAGCUAUUCAUUGCAAGCUCACCCGUACUUGCUACGUCCCUCAGACAAUGGCAUCUACGUGACAUGGACACAGACUGCUGAUGUGUAUAUUACGCCACUGGCCUAUAUCGCAUUUGAGUAA